GGCCUGAGUGUGGGGUGUAGGAGCUGCAGCUGGAGCCUGGGGCCUGGAUUUGGGCCUUAGAUUUCAGGCCUGAGGCCUAGGCCUGGGCCUAAGCCUAAAGCCUGAGGCCUGAGGCCUAGGCCUGGGCCUGGGCCUAAGCCUAAGGCCUGGGGGCUGAGGCCUAAAGCCUGAGGCCUGGGCCUGUGGUCUGAGGCCUGGAUGUAGGCCUUGGGUUUGAGGCCUAAGGCCUGAGGCCUUGGGUCUGAGACCUGGGCCUAAGCCUAAGCCUAAGGCCUGAGGUCUGAGGGCUGGAUGUAGGCCUAAGGCCUGAGGCCUAGGCCUGGGCCUGGGCCUGGGGUCUGAGGCCUUGGUUCUGAGGCCUGGGCCUAAGCCUAAGGCCUGGGGUCUGAGGCCUGGAUGUAGGCCUGAGGCCUAGGCCUGGGCCUGCGCUUGGGCCUGUGGUCUGAGGCCUAAGGCCUAGGCCUGGUCUGGGGCCUUGUGUCAGGCCUCGGGGCCGGGCUUUGGGGCCUGUAUCUUUAACACGGGCCUGAAGCCUCGUCUCACGGUCUGUGGUCUCAUGUCUGUGCUAUGGGCUCAGUGCUUGAGGCCUUGGCUGUGUUCGGCUUAUAGGCCUGGAUUUGGGCCUGGCCCUUUGUGUUCGGCCUUGAGGCCCGUCGCCCCGCGUACAGGCCGCGCUGCCUUUAGGCCGCGACCCCCGUUAAGGCCCCGACCCCCGUUUCGGCCUCGUUGGGCUCCGUGCGUCGCUCCCGUCCCGCUCGUCAUUUCGGUGCCGCGGCUCCUUUAAACGCUCGUAGCCGUGACGUGGGGCGGCGCUGGGCCAGGACGGGAAACCAGCGCCCGGAGCGGCCCCGGAUCGGCCCGGAUCGAUUCGGAUCAAUUGGGAUCAAUUGGGAUCAACGAGUCGGUGCUUCGUGCAGGUUCUCGGUGCCCCCCGACCGGGUGUGAGGGAAUCGGGGGGGGGAGCGUGGAUGGAGCAGUGACAGAACGGGAGAGAAGGAGAACGGAACGGUCUGGGUGUUGCCCUGGCAGCGAUGCCGCUCCACAGCAACAGAGCUGCUGCGCUGCUGGCUUGGGUGAGCAGCACUGGGCUGAGCCCGGAGCCGCUCCGUGCCCUGUCCCAGCUGCAGGACUGCGCCGUGUUCAUCCGGAUCAUCAACAAGAUCCACAGGAAUGAAGAAGGGGAGUCCAUCCUGGAGCAGCCCCUUGCAGAGCGAGCAGCCUUCGUCUGUGGGUUCCUGCAGAAGCUGUGCAAGCACAAAUCGGCCGCGGGGAACCUGGUGUCGGUGCCGAAACUGCUGGAGGGAGAAGAGCUGGAGUUGGCCAAGGUGGCCGUGCUGCUGCUGUACCACAGCUCCAUGAGCAGCAAAAGCCCCCGGGACUGGAACGAGUUGGAUUACCAGCUCCAGGUGGAGCUGGCCGCCAUCCUCAAGUUCGUGCUGGACCACGAGGAGAGUCUGAGUGAGAACCUGGAGCUGUUCCUGCAGCGCAGGGCACCGCUGUCCUCGCCUGGCGCAUCCAGCAGCAGCACUGAGCAGCGCUCGCCGGGGCUCCCCCAGCCUCAGGUUCGCUUCCUGGAGCUGCAGAAAAUCGCCUCGACCUCCUCCUCCAGCAUCAACAACAUGAUCCCUGCAGCACCAGCAUCACCCGUGGGCGAUGUCCUGCAGACCCCCCAGUUCCAGCUGCGGAGGUUGAAGAAGCAGCUGGCGAUCGAGAGGGAGAACAGGGACGAGCUGGAGGUGGAGCUGGCAGAGAACCGUAAACUCAUCACCGAGAAGGAGGCUCAGAUCACCAUGAUGCAGCACCGCAUCGACCGCUUGGCUCUGCUCAACGAGAAGCAAACUGCAGAGCAGCUGGAGCCCAAAGAGAUGGAGGAGCUGAGGGAGAGGAACGAGAGCCUGCUGGUGCGCUUGCACGAGGCCCUGAAGCAAUGCCAGGACUUGAAGACUGAGAAGGGCCAGAUGGAUCGCAAGAUCAACCAGCUCUCGGAGGAGAACGGGGACCUGUCCUUCAAGCUGCGGGAGAUCGCCAGCCACCUGGUGCAGCUGCAGGACGCCCUGAACGAGCUCUCAGAGGAGCACAACGCUGCGCUGACACAGUCCCAAGCCAAGCAGGCGCAGCUGGAGGGUGAACUGCGGGCUGCGCUGCAGGAAAAGAAAUGCCUGGAAGAGAAGGUGGAGAUCCUGCAGGGGAAGAUUUCCCUGCUGGAAGAGCAGCUGGCCAAGCUGGGGGACUGCAGCACGCAGGAGAAAGGAGAGGUCAUGGGCGACGUGCUGAAGCUGGAGGAGCUCAAGCAGGAGGUGUCCAGCCUCACUGCCAAAGGCAUCGAGCUCCAGGCCUCCGUCCUGCGGCUGGAGGAGGAGAAGAGCCAGCGGGACGCGGCCCUGCAGGCGGAGCGCAGCCGCUUCGAGGUGGAGAAGGUCCAGCUCAGCACCCACAUCUCCAACCUGCAGAGCUCCGUCUCCGAGCUGCACCUGGCCAAGGAGAAGCUGGAGCAGGAGCUGCGGGCGCAGGAGGCUCGGCUGACGGCCCAGGCGGACGCACUGACGGCCGAGGUGGGCAAGCUGAGCGGGUUCCUGCAGCAGCGGGAGCAGGAGGCGGCUGGGCUGCGGCUGCAGGCAGAGCAGGAGCGGGUGCAGGCGGAGGAGCUGCGGCGCCGGGACGUGGCCUCGCAGGAGGCUGUCAGUGAGCUGAGCCGGCGCCUGGAGCAGCUGGGAGCCAGCCUGAAGCACAGGGAGGAGGAGCUGGCGCGGGUGACGCAGGAGGCGGAAGGGAAAGCCAGGCAGCUCGGGGCCGAGUGCGAGAAAGCUGCCCAGGAGAGGGAUGCGGCCCUGCAGCAGCUGCAGCACUUGCAGCAAGCCAAGGAAACGCAGCUGGUGGCCCUGAGCAGCCAGCUGCAAAGCCUGGAGGCGGCCAGCAAAGCUUCAGCCGUGGAAAUGCAGCAGGAGAAGGCUGAGCUGAAUGAGAAGGUCCAAGAGCUGCAAGCCCACGUCCUUGAGCUCAGCGCGCAGUGCCAGCAGAGCUCAGCACAAGCUGGGAGCGCCGAGACGCUGCGAGCUCAGCUGCGGGAGAUGGAGGGGAAGCUGAAGGAGAGCCAGCAGAAACUGGCCGACAAGGAGAAGGUGGCCAAGGAGAACACGCGCCUGCAGGAGCGGCUGCUCUUCCUGGAGGAGUCGGUGCGUAACACCGAGGGCAUCCUGGAGGACGAGAAGAGGAGGGCGGCCGAGAGCCUGGAGGGGAACCUGGCCAGGAUUGCGGAGCUGGAGGCGGAGAAGCAGCAGCUGGUGCAGCGUGGGGAGCAGGCCCUGCAGGAGCGAGGAGAGGAGCUGGCCCGGAGGCAGGAGCUGGAGGCACGGCUGCAGCGGGUGGCGGAGGAGCACCGGGAGGAGACGGCAGCGCUGCAGCAGCAGCUGGCCCAGGUGGCCAAGGGGGAGGAAGGAGAGCGCGGCAGGAUGGAGAAGAGGCUGCAGGAGCUGAGCCGGGAGCACGGGCAAGCCUGCCAGCAACUGCAGGCCGAGCAGAAGAGGGUGGCGGAGCUGGAAGCCCGCAUGGCACGCAUGGCCAGCGAGCAGCAGGAGCAGCUGGGGGCCCUCCAGGCCCAGCUGGCCAGUGCUAAGGAGAAGGAAGGCGAGGAGCAGAAGCUGGUGAGCGCCGAGCGCGCGGUGAAGCUGGAGGCAGAGGUGAGGAAGGCGAGCGAAGCACUCGAGGCCAUUUCCAAGGAGCUGCAACAGGAGAGGAUGAAGUGCAAGGAGCUGGAGGCCAUGGCCACGCAGGAGGCCAGCGAGGCGGCCCGGCUGAGCGCAGCACUGCAGGAAGCGGCACAGAAGCACGGGCAGGAAUUGGCACGGUGUGAGGAGGAGGCGAAGCGCCUGCAGAAGGAGCUGGAGGAUGCCAGGGCUGAGUGUGCAGCUGAGAAAGCACGGAAGGCAGAGCUGGAGGUGCAGCUGCAGAACUCCAUCAACGAGCAGCGCGUGGAGCGCUCGGUGCACCAGCAGGAGCUGGCACGGUCCAUGGAGCUGAUGGAGGAGAAGGAGGGUGAGCUGGACGAGCUGCGGCUGAAGAACGUCUCGCGGGGCGAGGAGCUGAGGGACCUGCAGAAGACGGUCAGCAAACUGAAAGGGGAGCUGGCCUCGGUGGAAGCGGUGAAAGAACGGGCGUCCAAGAUGGACAGCGAGCUGCAGGGCUUCCUGGAGGCUGCCCGGAGCCGGGACGCUGAGGUGGAAAGCAUCAAAGCGGCGUAUGCCAAGGAAACGUCCCUCAAAAACCUGGAGGAGAAGAUUCGCCACCGAGAGCAGGAGUCGGGCUCCAGCCAGGACCUCUACCAGGAGAAGCUGAAGGAGGCGCAGAUGCUGAGCGCGGAAGUGGAGCGGCUGGAGCAGAAGUGCCGGGAGCAGCAGGACGCCAUCGCUGGGCUGGAGAAAGCCGUGGCUGAAGGCCGAGCUGCAGCAUCGCAACAGCAGCAAGUGGAGCUGGAGGUGGCACGGAGGGAAGCAGCGCAGCACCGGGACAUGGCGGCGGAGCUGCAGAGGAUGCUGGAGGCCUCGCGCUCAGCUCAGGCCCUGCAGGAUGGUGCCAUGGAGAACCUGAGGAAGGAGCUGCAGGACAAGAGCAAGGAGCUGGCACUGAGCAGAACGGCCGCGGCUGCAGCCGAGAAGGAGGCGGCGUCACUGCGUGCUGCGGCGCAGGAGAAGGGCCAGCAGGAGGAGGGCUGGAAGGAGCAGCUGUCACAGUGCAUCCAGGAGCUGGAGAGGAAGAACAGCCUGCUGGGCAGCCUGGAGCACGAGGUGUCCAUCCUGCACCGGCAGCUGAGCGAGAAGGAGGCCGAGAGCAAGGAGCUGAAGCGCCUGAUUGUGGCCGAGGCGGAGAAGAGCAAGAAGCUGGAGGAGAGGCUGCGGGUGCUGCAGACCGAGAUGGCCACGGCCGCGUCGCGGGCGGCCGAGCGCUGCUCGCUGAUGAAGGUGGAGGUGCAGCGGUGCCAGGAGGAGAUGGAGAAGCAACGAAUGACCAUCGAGGCGCUGAAAAGGGACCGGCACUGUCAGAGCGAGCGCGAGGAGGAGCUGCGGCAGGAGGUGAAGGUCUGCCAGGACAAGUGCUUCCAGAAGGAGCAGCUCCUCUCCUCCCUGCAGCAGGAGCUGGGCAGCGCUCAGGCCUUGGCCGGGGAGGUGGUGCCGCUCAAACACUUGUGCCAGCAGCUGCAAGCUGAGCGCGCGUCGCUGGAGAGCAAACACCGCGACGACCUGGAGCAGAGGGCGAAGGCCAGCAACGCGCUGCAGGCAGAGCUGGCCCGGGCCAGGAUGGAGGCGGCCGAGCUGCCGGCCCUGCGCGACAAAGCAGCCGAGCAGGAGCGAGCGCUGCAGCGGCUGCAGAAGGAGGCGGCGAGCUCCAGCGAGAGGCUGGCGGCGCUGCAGGCGGCCAACAGCCGCAUGGAGGAGGAGAACAGGGCGCUGAGCGAGAGCCUGAGCCGCGGGCAGCAGCGCGUGGAUGCGGAGCUGGGGCAGGAGAGGGAGAAACACACGCGGGAGCUGGAGCGCGUGAGGAUGGAGGCAGAGAAGGCGACGGCCAACAGCAGGAAGGAGGCUGAGGAGGCGGCCAGGAAACUGGAGGUGAUGAGCAAUAAGUACGAGAACGCCAAGGGGAAGGUGCUGGAGGAGAGGCAGAAGUUCCAGGAGGAGAAGCAGAAGCUGGUGGCGCAGGUGGAGCAGCUGGAGGGAUUUCAGAGAGAACAAGCAAAGCAGGUAACACACACACACAGCAUCAGCUGCUUAAAUGGUGAUGGGGUGCUAUGGGUGGGGAUGCUCAGGGUGCUAUGGGUGCUCAGUGCUAUGGGUGGGGAUGCUCAGGGUGCUAUGGGUGCUCAGUGCUAUGGGUGGGGAUGCUCGGGGUGCUUUGCUGUGGGGCUGGGGGUGGUUCUGACCCACUCCCUCCCAUGGCAGGUGCUGGAAGGGGAGCUGCAAAGCGAGGCCACGCGGCAGCAGGAGAAGGUGGCGGAGCUGCAGGAGCUGCUGGCGCAGAAGGAGCAGGCGGCCGAGCACUACAAGGCACAGAUGGAAAAGGCCAAAACUCACUACGACGCCAAGAAGCAGCAGAACCUGGAGCUGGCGGAGAAGCUGCAGGCGAUGGAGCAGCUGCAGCAGGAGAACAAGGAGCUGAGGACGGAGUCGGAGCGUCUGAACAAGGAGCUGCAGCAGAGCGCAAUGAGAGCACAGCAGGCAGAGCUGAGCUGCAGGGAGCUGAGCACCAGGGUGCAGGGCAUGGAGGAGCAGGUGGGAACAGGCACAAUCAGACCCCCCCAUUAUACAGACCCACCCCCCCCCAUUAUCCAGCCCCCCUUCAUUAUACAGACCCCCCCAUUAUACAGACCCACCCCCCCCCAUUAUCCAGUGGAGGAGCUGAACAAGAAGCUGGCACAGCACGAGAAAACCACGCGGAGCCAGCAGCAGAGAGUUAAGCAAGGGGAGGAAUGGGGGGAUAUUAACAGCACCAUGAGCAAGAAGGAGCCGGCCAUGGAGGAGCCGGGUGCUGCAGAUUCAUCCUUCACCAGCCUCGUGUCGGAUCAGCCCCACGUUGCCGCCCGGUCGCGCUCUCGGCUGCGCUCUGCUCGCUCCGCUCGCUCCCUGGCCAGCUUCUCGUCGCAGGAUUCCCUGUCCAAGCUGGAUUCAUCCUCCCCUCAGGAUCCGUCGGGUCACGCCGCGUUGCUCAGCCUGCCCGGAUACCGGCCGGCCACGCGCAGCGCGUUGCGGCGCUCGCAGGCGGGGAGCAGCUCCAGUCUGGGUCGCAGCAGCAUCUACCUGGGGACGUGCCAGGAUGAACCGGAGCAGUUGGACGAUUGGAGCCGCAUCGCUGAGCUGCAGCAACGCAACCGGGCCUGUCCACCGCACCUAAAGACAUGCUACCCACUGGAGAACAGGCCCUCCGACGUGCUGGGCACCAUCACGGACGAGGAGAUGAAGACGGGUGACCCGACGGAGACGCUGCGCCGCGCCAGCAUCCAGCCCUCGCAGCUCACGGAGGGGGGGGCCGCCCGCCGCCGCACCACGUUGGGAGGGGGGGGCUGGGCUCACGGCGGCAUCACCACCCGGCAGCAGCGCAAACGGCUCUCGGAUGAGUCACACCAGGGUCCCGACACCCCCGAGGUGAGAACAGACCCCCAAAAAGAUCAGGGUGUGAUGUGACCUGUGAUACUGGGCGAUGGAGACCCCCAGCGCCGUCAGCACCUGCUGGCGGACAGCUCCCAGCCCUGCGCUGUCCAUGGUGCUGAUCCCACGG